AAAUGUCAGUGCGUCUUAUGGAGUGAAUGUAAAGCGGCCGAUCUGGACCUUACCUGUUCCUCGCUCCAGCGCUGCAGUCUUCCCCUGUACUAUGUCCGCAGUCUCUGGUCAUCUCCUGUACUAUGUCCACACUCUCUGGUCAUCUCCUGUACUAUGUCCACACUCUCUGGUCAUCUCCUGUACUAUGUCCGCAGUCUCUGGUCAUCUCCUGUACUGUGUCCGCAGUCUCUGGUCAUCUCCUGUACUAUGUCCGCAGUCUCUGGUCAUCUCCUGUACUGUGUCCGCAGUCUCUGGUCAUCUCCUGUACUGUGUCCGCAG